AUGGAUCGCCCCUCUUUACGGGCUUCUCAGUCAGCUUUCUUCAAUGAUGAUGAGUAUUUGGAUCAUCAAUCUUCCUCUCCUGAUCAGAGAAACUCCAAAAAUGAAGCCGUAGGAACCUUGCAAGUGAACUCAUACACAGAAGUUUCGGCAAUCUCACGCUUCCAUGCUCCUGAUAACUUCACUAUAUUGAUAAAUCUCAAGGCUCCUCCACCUCCAACUUCCCCUAACAUGGACGAUCCAACCCAAGUUCCUCAAUCAUCUCGCGUACCUAUUGAUCUUGUUACGGUUCUUGAUGUAAGUUACAGCAUAGAAGGUAGGAAGAUUGCAUUGUUAAAGCAGGCUAUGGAUUUUUUUAUACAAAACCUUGGUCCCAACGACAGGCUCUCCGUCAUCAUCUUUUCUCACAAUUGUCGGCGUCUAUUCCCACUUCGUAGGAUGUCUGAAUCAGGAAGGCUACAAGCACUAGGGACUGCCAAUGUCUCGAGGAUCGUCAACGGUGCUAAGAUCACCAGAGGAAAUAGUUACUCGAAUUCUAGGAUCCCAGUGCACACUUUUGGGUUUGGAAGAGAUCAUGAUGCAUCGUUAAUGCAUUCGAUUGCAGAGAUGUCUCGAGGAACCUUUUCUUUCAUUGAGACCGAAAGGGUGAUCCAAGAUGCAUUUGCUCAAUGCAUUGGUGGCCUUUUGAGCGUUGUGGUGAAGGAGCUUCAGGUGAAUAUAGAGCGAAGUUUUCUGAAUCAAGUGACUCCAGAUGGACGGAUGGGGAAUAUUGAUGUUGGAGACUUGUAUGCUGAAGAGGAGAAGGACUUUGUGGUUACAGUAAAAGUUCCAGCGGAAGAGAUUUCUAGCAGUGAGUUAGAAACUGCAUUGUUGAAGGUGAGAUGCGUUAACAAUGACCCUUUGACCAAGGAGUUGAUGACGGUAAGAAGUGAAGAAGUUAGGAUCAGGAGACCUGAAGAAGUAAAUAGACAAGAAGAUGUAUGUGUUGAAGUUGAUAGACAACAGAACAGGCUAUUAGCAAUGGAGGCAAUGGAGCUCGCUCGAGCUGCGGCCGAGAAAGGAGAUUUGUCCGCUGCAGAAUCAAUCCUCGAAAAGUGCCUGAAGAAGUUGUCGGAAAGUGUAUCAGCUAAGUCGCACGAUUUCCUAUGCCUUGGACUUGAAGCUGAGCUGAAGGAGAUUAAACAGAAGCUGCCCAGCAGAGAUGUAUACGAGGCAUCAGGAAGGGCCUAUAUGCGGUCUGGACUGAGUUCACACGCAUGGCAGAAACCUACCGGAGCUUGUUUAAGCCGCGAAUCAGGUGAUGCAGAUUCUGGUUAUGAAGAUAUGGGUUUUAGCCUUUAUGAGGAUGAUGAUGAGAAAAACUAUGUUUGUGCUGCUGCUGAUCAUGAUAAAGACAUAUUUAAAAGUAGCUACAGUGGAGCAGCUGGUAGUCGUCGUCAUGCCUAUCAAACCCCAACAAUAAACAGGAUGGUUGCUCGGUCGCGGGCUGCUACUCGGAGAAAUAACAAGGGCAAAUCAACUCCAGCAAAGGCUUUAGGCACCAUUGAUGAGAGCAAAGAUUCCUCAUCCCGUGGUUCCGAUCGACCUGGUUACCGUUCUUGA